AGAGAGAGAGAGAGAGUAAAGAGGAGAAUCAGGGGAAGAUACCACGGUGGCCGGAAGGGGAAUCUCGAGGGAAUAUUCUUUAUAGACCGAGUGUGAAGGUGGCGGCCGUGGCGUCGUGGGCCGUUCGAUCGGGAUCAGGCGGUGCGGGGAUGGGGAUCGCGAGCGACGAGUUCGUGGAGAUUCAGUUGGGAAAAAAUGCUGGCGAGCCGACCGUCGUCACCGUUAAUUGUCCCGAUAAGACCGGCCUCGGCUGCGACCUUUGCCGAAUUAUUCUCGAGUUCGGACUCUGCAUUACCAGAGGAGAUGUAUCAACCGAUGGGCAGUGGUGCUUCGUGGUGCUAUGGGUUGUUCCGUGCUCUCCCAAAAUUAACAUCCAAUGGACAAGUAUGAAGAACCGUUUGCUAUCAGAGUGCCCGACUUUUUCCAUUCCAUUCUAUUUGGAUUUAGGAAGCUUACCCAAGACAACUCAGACUUUUCUCCUCAAGCUGUUCUCGGUUAAUAGAAAGGGACUUCUACACGAUAUCACUCAUGUUCUCUGCGAGCUUGAUCUCUGUAUCCAUAGAGUAAAGGUCUCUACAACGCCAGAUGGAAAAGUUAUGGAUCUCUUCUUUAUAACUGAUGGCAUGGAGCAACUUCAUACUAGAAAACGACAAGAUGAGACGCGACAGAAAUUAAUUUCUGUUCUUGGAGAUUCAUCCAUAACCUGUGAGAUUGAGCUAGUUGAAAACUUUCAGCAGGGAUUCUCUUCACUUCCACCUACUGUUGCUGAGGAACUUUUCAGUCCCGAGCUAUCAAACAAUCAACUAACUUCACAGGCCCUGACUUCAGACUUGGCUAAAAUGAAAAAAGUUAAUGUAACCAUUGACAACUCCUUGAGCCCCUACCACACUUUACUGCAAAUUCAUUGUGCCGAUCAGAAGGGACUUCUCUAUGAUAUUUUAAGGACUCUGAAAGACUACAACAUUCAGAUUUGUUACGGGAGAUUCAUGUCGGAUAUGAAUGGUUAUCGAGAAAUAGACCUGUUCAUCCAACAAACCGACGGGAAAAAGAUUUUGGAUUCAGAGAAGCAGGACGCUCUGUGCUCCAAACUGAGGCUGGAAAUGGCCCAGCCAUUGAAGGUGAUCAUAGUCAGCCGCGGGCCAGACACCGAACUCUUGGUUGCCAACUCUGUCGAGCUCUGCGGCAAGGGAAGACCACGCGUCUUCUACGACGUCACCUUAGCUCUUAAAAUGCUCGACAUCUGCAUCUUCUCUGCUGAGAUCGGCAAGCACAACACGGCGGAGCGUCAGUGGGAAGUCUACAGAUUUCUGCUGGAUGAAAGGCGAGAUUUCCCACUAUCAAGUAGACGAGUUAGAAGCCAGAUUGUGGAUGGAGUCCGAAGAGCACUAAUGGGCUGGUAAACAAAGCCCCUAUAUGUUCUUGUUUGUACAGUAAUUAUAGCUAUUGUACUCUAAGCCAACGAUACCAUAAUAAUUUCUAUUAAUCUAAUAUUUCCAUUAUGCUCAGAGCUUCAUUACCCAUCUAAUUCAAAAA